AGCUAGGGUCUCUACUAAUCGCAGAUCAACGAUACCUUAUACAAGACGGACCAACCGAUGUCCAGCUAUUAAACAGGAACCAGCAAGUAAUGAGAAUUUAAUCGCAUCGAAUACCUUAACUACAGGCAACUCGCUCAUCCAGAUACCAUCCUCUUCAUCAGCACAAUCGGUGACAGCUACAGCUCAUAUUUCAUCUGUCAGUGAGGGUGUUAACAUUAAACAGGAACCGAACGGUGAGGAAAGCACAUCAUCCAUUGUUUCUAAUAUAGAUCACGAUGAUGCAAGACCAGCAUUAGAGGAGUUGUCUGGGGUCCAAAUCGGACCACAUGGCACACGCGUGUCCGAAGAGGAUUUGGCGAACAUAAAUGAGACUGAAGCRUCAAUUGCCACGCGGCAACUUAUGAGCWUGAUMUUCGAYCGUGCAACUCUAGCCACRCAUACRCUCAGUGGCAAACCCUCGCCCGCUUUUCUGDACCGUGCCCGCCCACUAAAGGCACAACUAGACCCACUGAAAGUGGCUGAUAUUAUWUAUUUUCUUAAAAAUGAAAAAGGUUUUCGCGAACACGAAAUCCGGAAGGCCAUCACCAUGAAGUGUGCCGACACCGCCAAGGCCAUUAGAAGGAGCUUAGCCAAGGCUAAUUUAAGUAAAUUAUUGUAAUACCUUAAAAAUACAUAUAUGUAUAUAGAGAUUAUACCUUAUGAUAUACU